CGGAAAACCAUUUUCAACCGAAUUAUAGCUAGCCAGUCUUCGAGAAUCUGGUCGAGCAGCAGUAACGUACUAACGUGUAUGGUCCCGUAUGAUCCAGAAGCCGUGAGAAGAGAUUGAUGACCUUGCCCAGCAAAGGCGCAGCUGUCACUGCGACAGGAGACUGCUAGAAUGGGAGCUCCAACGAAUUCCGAACUUUGAGAUCGGACAUCGUCUGAUCAGUGCCGUCUUCUCCAUCAACCAGCUUGAGAAAGGAAGUCAGUGAAGAUGACAGGAGCGCAAGUGAUAACCAGCACGCAAAGAUGGCAUGGUGCCCAUCAUGCCCAUCAGCCAAAGCACAGUAGGCCACGGCCAAACAGGCAGAUGGCAAUGCUCGACCAUGGCAAGGUGCGUUUAACUGUGUUCAUCGGGUUUUUCCUUGUGUGUUUCUCACAGGUGAAGCUCCUUGUCCAGAGAGACAACUGGUGGCCAUACGUAUGGACAGUGGACGAUCAACUGCCCACGAUUCGAAUGCAAACGGAUGGACAGGAAGAUGCUCACAGAUCUAAAAAUGUAUCAGAUGCUGACAGAUUUCGGAAUGUGUCAGAAUUGGACACUCACAGAUCUAAAAAUGUAUCAGAUGCUGACAGAUUUCGGAAUGUGUCAGAAUUGGACACUCCCAGUUUUCAAAAUUUAUCAGACGCUCACAGUUUUCAAAAUGUGUCAGAAUCCAAUCAUCACAGUGCCAGGUUGAAGAACUGCUCAGUAUCAUCAAACCAAGGCAGAAGGGACUUGAGCUCUGUCCGGACAGCAGAAGGUUCACUAGCCGUAACCGUUCCAAUCCAAACUCAGCCUCAGAGUGGUGAAGGGAGAGGAAAUGUUACAUCUCUGCCCGCUGAACUUCAAGUGGAUGCUGGGGUCAAUCCGUUUUCGUGCCGCAGCAGGAAGGAAAUUGCCCAGUACCUACGCUAUGGGACAAACCUGACAUUAGACAGCAAGCUGGAGGAGCUUUUGAACAAGUACGAGGAGCACCACAGAUCAUGCGUGGUGGGCGUGGACUUGGUCGCCAAUUUCAAGAAGCAGUCUGAUGACACAGGAGCAGAAGGCCACCUCUCGUCGGAGAAGCGAAGCAGCGGUGGAGAAGAGUUGCCUGGCUGCUCAUAUAUUGUAUGGUUUUGCCCAUCGGAUGGACUCGGGAAUCGAUUUGCAUCCCUGGCAUCAACCUUCCCUUACUCUGUCCUCACCUGGCGCGUUCUUCUUGUGGAAACAAGAGAGGACAUGCCUCAUCUGAUAUGCGAACCCUUCACCAAUCACUCAUGGAAAGCGCCCAAGGGGAUCAGUGGCCGGUCAUUCAGAAAUGCGCCGAACAUUACCGUUGCUGUUGAUGAGGCAACCAGGCCAGCCCGUGUAACUGCAAUGGCCAAAAAGUCGCAAGUUUCGAGUCUUUUGACCCCUAACAUCUCUGCUGGUAACAUUUCUGCUGCUAACAUCGCUGCAGCUAAAGUCUCCACUGCUAACAUUUUUGCUGCUAACAUGUCUGCGACUAACAUCUCUGCUGUUAAUGGCGUCGAUACUGCUGACAUAUCCGCUGCGAUGAGGAGUACAAGCAUGCCUCUUGUGAUUGCUGCCAACAAGUCACAGGAGAGGGACAACAGCACAGGAGUAAGGAAGGAGCUUGAAUCACCCGAUCCUGGCAAAAUACCAAYAGGCCGKYCUCCAYGGUGGGYGUCAGUGAAGAUAUAUCAGGUCAGCGAGACAYUUGGUGAAAAUGCACGCUUCUUCUGCGUCCGSGAGCAGGAGAUUUUGUCCAAGGUCAAGUGGCUUGGAAUGUACAGCAACCAGUACUUYAUUCCCGGGUUGUUUGUCAUGCCGCAKUUCAGCGAGAKGCUGAACCRGUGGUUUCCGGAUGGCAUUGUGUACACGCGCCUGGCUCGCCUCCUGUUCCUGCCCRAGGACGAGGUUUGGGAGAGGAUCACAAGAACUCACAGGUUCUAUCUGUCGAAAACKGACAGGCUUGUGGGGGUACAARUGCGUGAAAUGGACGAUAACCCCACAAAAAGAUUGGCAGGCCUGCUYGAUUGCCUCAUCAAUGGAGGAGUGCUGCCAMAACCAGGGGUCUCAUUGAGGGUCACAAGAGACACAGUMGAGGUCCAGGUGCCAGACCUGRGCCYGAUCUCAGGGAAGAUCCGAAAUAAGACUGAGAGUGGAACUGCAGKUUCCACUGUUGACCCCGAGCACCAGCCGCAGGGUGUGCUACUCUUCGAAGCUGACAGCUUCCGCCGGGCUAGAGGGCAAAGCAGCACGAACGGGGGCGGCAAUGGUGUAGAGGGGGCCGRAUACUAYRCUCAGAGUASAAGAAGUAAAGGUGRUGUAACUGUAUUGGUAGCUUCUCUGCACGACGUGUAUUACAAAACUCUGAAAAGAAUAUAUGGCAUGAGGCCCUCUGCGACCGGUGAUAGGGUAAUUGUACACCAGGAGGUCUUGGAAACGGAGCAGCAUUCAUCCCUAGUAGAACACAAUGAGGCGGCAUUUGUCGAUAUGUGGCUKCUGGGUUUGAGYGAYGUGCUUUUYACUAGCCAUYGGUCGACCUUUGGUUACUUCUCCCAGGCAAUUGCGGGCUUGGYGAACCCUCAGCAACUUAACUCUGGUUGGGAUAUUAGUUCCAUCAAUGCAGCGGACAACGAAGCGACAGCGAGGUCCUGUUUCAAUUGGCAGAGUAGAGAUGUUUGCUUCCAUUUCCCCCCCUGGAAUAACGACAAAUGGAAGUGCAUCGAUGACGGACAUGUUCACAUCCGGAAGCAAAUGUAUGACAAGGGCCCUGGUUCUCCGUUCGUAGCUUGUGAAGAUUACUAUGGCGGUGUGCAAUUGAGAGCGAGAACAGGUUCAUAUUAACUUCAUAACAAAUAUUGUACAAAUAA